CUCCCCACUAUCCCGGUGGAGAUUACACCUUUUGGAACAAUGUAACCCGGUUGCUACACUCCCUCACCAGGUGCUGCGCAAGAAAAAGGGAGAAGAAGCCGGAGUUUGGGGUGGUGGGCUCCUGUAGGAGAGUUGGGAUCGUUGAGAAUCGUAUCUGUGUAGUCCCAAACUUUUUCUAAACGCCGCCAUGUCGAACGCUCGAAUGGGGUAGUUCAACUCACUCAACCACUGUACUGCUCCCCUUCAUUCUCAGUGUUCUGUCGGCCAUGUCGAACGUGGUAGUUCUAGACAAUGGAGGCGGCCUGAUAAAGGCUGGGAUCGGUGGGGAGAGAGACCCCGCCGCCGUCGUUCCGAACUGCACGGGACGUCCACUUUCUACGAAAAAGUGGCUCGUCGCUGACCAACUCCUUGCCCCAGACGCAGAUCUCACAUCGGCCACCGUCCGCCGCCCUAUUGACCGCGGCUACAUCAUAAACACCGAUCUUCAAUCCUCAAUAUGGUCCCACAUUUUCAACAACCUCCUCAAAAUCAGCCCCGGUGAAUCCUCUCUUCUCCUAACCGAACCCCUCUUCACUCUCCCCUCUAUCCAACGCUCAGUUGAUGAGAUCGUUUUCGAAGAGUUCAACUUUCAGGCCCUGUUCGUUGCAGAUUCACCAUCUUUGGUCCAUCUCUACGAGGCCUCGCGUAGACCCUAUGGCCUUGUGUCGAAGGCUCAAUGUAGCCUCGUUGUGGACUCGGGGUUCUCCUUCACCCACGCGUCUCCGGUUUUCCAGAACUUCACUCUCAACUAUGGGGUUAAAAGGUUGGACCUCGGGGGAAAGGCUUUGAGUAAUUACUUGAAGGAGCUAGUGAGCUAUAGAAGUUUAAAUGUUAUGGACGAAAGCUUUCUUAUGGAUGAUGUUAAGGAGAAACUCUGUUUUGUUUCUUUGGACAUUUCCAGAGAUUUGCAGAUUGCUAGGAAGUCAGGCAGGGAUAACCUGUUCAGAUGCACGUAUGUACUCCCUGAUGGUGUUACAUACAUGAGGGGUUUUGUGAAAGAUCCAGAGGAAGCAAAGAGAUACAUGACUCUGUAUGAACCAAACCCAUCUCAAGUACCAGUAACACAAAAAAUUUUCAAUCAGGGAGAGAAUGCUGAUGACAUUGAAAAUCGAAAGACUGAUGUGUCAAGAAUUGACUUGACCAAAAAUGAAUUUUGCUUGACAAAUGAACGAUUCCUUGUCCCAGAGAUGAUUUUCCGUCCAGCAGAUUUAGGAAUGCACCAGGCUGGACUUGCGGAGUGCAUUGUAAGAGCUGUCAAUUCCUGCCAUCCUCACCUUCACCCUGUUCUCUAUGAGAGCAUCAUUCUGACUGGUGGAAGCACAUUAUUUCCUCGAUUUGCUGAAAGACUAGAAAAUGAGCUUCGCCCUCUUGUUCCCGAUGAAUAUCGUGUGAAGAUCACAACACAAGAAGAUCCCAUACUUGGUGUUUGGCGAGGUGGAUCACUUUUGGCAUCAAGUCCUGAUUUUGAAACCAUGUGCGUGACCAAAGCAGAGUAUGAGGAGCUAGGAUCUGCACGCUGUCGUCGAAGAUUCUUACGGUAGAUUCUAUGGGUUUGUUAUUGCUUGCACGUAGUUGUGAAGAUAAAAUCUGGUCUAUGCACAUAUAACCAAUGCUCAUUCACCAGUAAGUUUCUCGCUCCAUAUUUAUUCCUUCUUUGGCUGGAAGGGGUAUCUUCAGCACCUUUAUUUCUAUCAUCAACUGGGAACAGUAGAAGGGAGGUGUUUCAUUUUCCAUUUUGCCACAUUGCUCAAAGAAUUCAUGACAGAAAGUGCAUAGUCCAGCCUUUUGGAUGCUUACUUGAUGGUGUACUAUGCAUGACAUUAUGGACCCAGUCCCCGGGGAGCAAAACACUGACUGACAAAUGUCACUUGGCAUCCAUUAGCGAACAACCCUUCUGCUGAUUCUCCAGCUUACCUUCUUUGGUGAUCUACACACUACUGCACGACAGCCCAUCCAGCUGACGUGACAUUAUGAUAGUACAUGAUCCUUACCAACAACGGCGACCGGUUGCAAAUGAAAACCAGAAUCCCCUUGUCUCGCAAAAAUCUUUGUAUAUAUCAUUCUUGAGUUGUUGCCAAGACAAGACUCCAAUCGAUGCUUAUCAAGCAACCUUUUGGUGCCAAUCUCAUGGCCUUCAUUGAUUACACCGCAAAG